GGUACGUUUCAAGUCAUAUUCUGUCUGCUUUGUUUCUGCGCGUGUGUGAAGUUUUAGGUUAUAUUAUUGUUAGUGUUUACCGGUGUAAUAAAACAUUUUAUUAAAAUGGCAGGAGUGCUGUUUGAAGAUAUUUUUAAUGUUAAGGACAUCGAUCCCUCAGGAAAACAAUUCGAUCGAGUGAGUCGCCUCCAUUGCGAGAGCGAGUCCUUCAAAAUGGACCUGAUACUAGACGUCAACACCUGGCUGUAUCCUAUGGAACUGGGGGAUAAGUUCCGGCUGGUGUUGGCCACCACACUGCGAGAGGACGGGUUUCCCGACAGCGGCGACUGGAACCCUCAGGAUGCCGAAGGUUCCCGGGCUGACAGCUUCGAGUACGUCAUGUUCGGCAAGAUCUACCGCAUCGAGGGCGAUGAGAACUCUAAGGAGCCGUCCAAGAACAAACUAGCUGCUUAUGUCUCAUUCGGAGGUUUGCUAAUGAGGUUGCAAGGAGACCCUAACAACUUACACGGGUUUGAGGUGGACCAGAGUCUCUACCUUCUCAUGAAGAAGCUGGCCUUCUAGAUUUCUUCAUCUUUAACAAUAACAAACCACAGUAAUAUUUUAUUCUAGAAGAUACUUUUUCAUUAAAUGACAUGUAGACAUCAUAUUAAAACAUACAUUUUUUAAAUUUGAUGAAACAUUUUAAUAAAUUGUUUGAAACAUAUAAAACACGAUCAGUACACCAGGUGAGAACCAUUGUUUCCUCAUCUUCUUUCCAUCAAGAGCUGGCAAUAAUAAUAACAAUCCACUGUCUAACUGCAACGAAAUGCAUGAACUUUCCAUGGGUGGCUGGUACACUUCAAUAACUACUGAAGCAUUAUAUUGAAAAUUUAAUUGAGCAAGGUAAAUUCCUUUAAAUGUUAACAAUUAAUAUUUUUUGAGUUUAUGACUUGUGAUAUAUAGCAGACAACCAUGGGAAAAGAUUGUGCAUUUUUAUGCAGUUUGAUGCUGGAUUGUUAUUAUUAUUGCCUAGAUCUUCUAGAAUGAAAUAUUUCAUUGUAAAUUUAUAAAGGAAGUUAAAUAACAGGUUUUGUAUAUUUUAACCAAAGUUAAUGCAGUCAUAAAAUUGGCAACAUAAGAAAAAAUAUGUUUUAGAGAUUGUCCAUAUAAAAAGUUUAGUUUUUGAUAUUUUUUAAUAAUAAAGUUCAUGGAAAAAUA